AUGAAUAUGACGCCAACUGCUGGCAAUCAACCGCAGCCAAAAGAUAACGAUUCUCCAGUGAAUUUUACUUUGCGAUUGAACGAGAGCGUUCAAGGUCUAACGAUCCGUCAUCGCACAGAUGGAGCUGGUCAUCAACAUGAAAUACGAACAUUCUCGUUUCUUAAAUUUAUCAAUGAAAAACAUCUCAUUGAUGAUCUUCCAUUCAGAAUGAUGGAUAAUCAAACAAGUUUCGUUGGUUUUGAUAAUUUACCGAAACAGAUCCACCGAAAAAUCGCCAAACGUGGUUUUGAAUUUACUCUUAUGGUCGUAGGCGAAAAUGGACUUGGAAAGUCAACCUUGAUCAACAGCUUAUUUCUCAUUGAUCUUUACCCUGAACAGCAUAUUCCUAGUGCUCAAGAAAAACUUCGUCAAUCAACGAAAAUUGAAGCAUCAACUGUUGAUAUCGAAGAACGUGGCGUUAAAGUCCGUUUAACUGUUGUCGAUACACCUGGCUAUGGUGAUAAUCUAAAUGGUACUGAGAACUAUAAAGCUAUCUCGAACUACAUCGAUCAUCAAUUUGAACGCUAUCUCAAAGAUGAAACUGGCCUCAAUCGACGAAACAUAUCCGACAAUCGUAUUCAUUGUCUUCUCUAUUUCAUUUCGCCGUUUGCGCGAGGAUUGAAACCUUUGGAUAUCGCUUGUAUGAAAGAAUUGCAUCAUAAGGUCAAUAUUGUUCCUGUUAUUGCCAAAGCUGAUGCUUUAACUACCAUGGAACUCAUUCAAAUGAAACAAAAUAUUCUUCAACAAAUUCACCAUCAUCACAUUGACAUCUAUCAAAUUCCUGAAUGUGAUCCCGACGAUGACGAAGAAACCAAGGAAAAAAAUGAACUAUUGCGAAAAUCCAUUCCAUUUGCCAUCAUUGCUUCUGCACAAACGUAUGACGUUCAAGAAAAAACAUUACACGGUCGUUUGUAUCCCUGGGGUUUUGUCGACAUUGAAAACAGUGACUAUUGUGAUUUUCUCAAACUUCGAACAAUGUUGAUAACGCAUAUGCAAGACUUACAAGAGAUUACUGAUGAAAUUCAUUACGAAAACUAUCGAUCCGAUAAACUUCAAUUGAAGAAAUUCCUUGCCAAUGAUGAAAAACAAAAGAGACUCAUUCAAGAAAAAGACAAAGAACUUCGACGAAUGCAAGAGAUGUUGGCUAAAAUGCAAGGCUCUUUACUUGAACAGAAGAAAUAA